AUGCGGUCGGCCACCCUCAUGCCCGACGUCGAGGAGACCUCCGACCUGAGCAAGUCCCUGGAGGAGAAGCUGCAGGCCGCGCUGGAGCAGGCUGGCGGGGCCGCGUCCGAUGUCGUGCUUGUACUCGACCUCGACGAGACCCUGUUCACGCCGCUGGCGGCCGACGGACUCGCGACCAGCGUCUGGUUCGAGGACCUCCUGAAGCGCUGGGCGCCGCGGCUUCGGGACGCCGACGGCAUGACGAGCGAGGACACGCUGGAGCAGGCGCUUGCGGUCGUGGACCGCUUCUACGCCCGCGUGCCCGUCGGCCCCACCGACCCCUCGCUCGGAGGCCUGCUAAACUGGUGCCGGUCCGAGGGGGUGGUGAGCAUCGGGCUGACGGCGCGGCGGCCCGCGCUGGCUGCCGUGACCUGGGAGCAGGUGGGCGACAGGGUGCCGCUGGACUUCAACAGCCAGGCCCUGCCCCUGGGCCCGGACACCAUCCAUCGAGCGGAUGGACAAGUCCCUGCGCUCCAGCGGCCACUUCGCUCCCGACCGCACAGCGGCGACGUGGGAGGGCCUCUCCUUCGAGAGGGGCGUGUGGUUCACGGCGAACGCCAACAAGGGUGCGGUGCUGCGGCAGGUGCUGCCGCCAGGCAGGCACGUGGUCUUCGCCGACGACAGCCUGCGGCACGUUCAUGCCGUGAGGGGCGCGCUGGACGGACACGCCGCUUCUGUGUUCGGGCUCCACUUCACGGCGGCCACCGCUGCAGCGCGGAAGAGGCUCGAUCCGCCGAGCUGCGACCGCUCGCUGGCGGGGCACCUCUCCGCGCUGUUCUCGCAGGGCGACCCCGGGGUCGCCGGCCUGGUGCGCGAGGGGCAGCCGCUUCUGCGGAGGUUCAGCGCCAGGGGCG